AUGCUGCAGCUCGAGCGGCUGUCCAAGGUCGUGCUGCUGCUCGUGCCGCUGCUGGGUGGGCUGUGGGGCGGCGGCCUGUGGUACCGCAGGUCAACGCUUUCCACGGCAGUCAGCAGCACUUGCCAGGAGUGCCUCGCGGAGGGCCAGGACUUCUGCAUCUCGACCAACAGCUGUAUCCCGAGGGCUACCAUGGGGUGCCGCGGGCCUGAGGACCACAUCACCGGCGACCCCGACGGCAAGGAUUUCUGCAUCUCCAGCGCCCGAUGCAUCGAACGCGCCACUUUCGGCUGCGACGGCGCCGAGGACCACAUCACAGGCGACCCCGACGAGCACCACCACGAGCACCACGGCGAGCACCCGGGCCACUCCAUGGUGUGCCCGGUGCCCGAGCAGCGCGUCUUGCCGAGGGGCGCGGGGGCGCGCGAGCCCCGCGGGUGCCCGUGCAAGCAUGCCAACGCACGCUGCACCUCGGCGAGCGGCGAGGCUGCGUGGGAGGCCGCCCUGGCCACGGAGUUCGGCGUGGAGUUUGCCGUCGGCUUCGGUCCGGGCUCCGCGAUCGAGUCUGCCAGCGUCAAGCUUGCGGGGACGGCAGUGUUCGGCGAGGGCACCGCGACAGAGGGCCACAGAAUGUGCCCGUGCGGAAGGGCCAAGAAGGAGUGCGUGAACCCUGCAGGGGUGAAGGUGCUCGAUGGCGAAUGCGCGGAGAAGUGGGAGGCCUGCGCAAAGCAGAUGCGCCAGAAGUUCCUUUCGCCUGACAGCACGGAUACGAAGGACGGCCCCUGCACAGAGGCCAAGAAGAAGUGCUGGGGCCAUGACGGUGCGAGGUCUGUCGAGGGUGAGUGCAAGGAAUUGUGGACGUUGUGCGGCAAACAGGUCGCACAGAAGGCGGCGGCGAUCGUUGCUGAGAACAUGGGAGUGGAGUCGUCAACGGAGUCCGGCUGGGAGCGUGCCAAGGGUUGGCUUGGGAGCAUGGUGAGCGCCGUGGAGGCGGCGCCGGAGGAGUCGGAGCGGGAUAGCGGGGCCGCAGCCAAUGCAGAGCAGGAUGAGGACCCCUUCGCGCCGUACGUGCGCCAGAUGCAGGGGAUCCCAUCACCUGCCUGGGACGUUGAGCCGAGCAGCCCGGAGCGUGGCCACGAAAACGCGCGCUUCUUUGCAGACGGCCCUGGCAAGCUCGCGGGCCCAGAGGAUGAGCACAUCAAGGGUGAGCCCACCAAGGGCGAGGACCACGAGGAGGGCAGCAGGCCGCCAGAGGGCGCUCGCCACGCGCGGGGCCAGGGGCGCGCGCAGCCUGGCCAAGGCUUCCUCCGCGCCGCCCGCCUCCGAGGCCGCGGCGCGGCCUCCGGGGUGGAGGUGCCGCCGAGCGCCGCCGAGUUGAGCACUCCAGAGGAUGCGUCCACGGCUGCGCCACCAGAGGAGGCGCCCGAACCCAUGGCGCCCUUGGAGCGUCUCGCGCAGGACGCCCCCACGGAGCCGCCACUGGCAGCACCGCCGCUGCGGCCUGGCGCCCGCGUUCGCCUCGCAGGGCUCCAGUCGCACCCGGAGAUGAACGGCCUCCCAGGCACGGUCGUGGAGGCGCGGGGCGACAGGUGGCAAAUCCACGUGGACGGCAUCGGUAAUAGAUUGCUUCAGGUCAAGAAUCUCGAACGUGUCGAGCAAGCUCCGCAGGAGCUGGACCCCUGGGCGGACGACCUCCGAGCGGGCGACGUCGUGCAGCUCGCCGGGAUGCGCAAGGACCCGCGGCUGGAGGGCCAUGUUGGCGUCCUGGUCGAAGAACAAGAGGACGGGCGGUGGCUCGUGGAGCUGGAGGGGGAGCAGGCCGUGGCCCUCGGCGCCGAGCACCUGGCGAGGCUGGAGGUGGACGACGACGACGAGUACGGGUUCGAGUGGGACAAAGACUGGGAGCCGGCCCCGUGCUGCCUCGCGCUCGCGGGCGGCGCCGGGGGCGAGAUGAAUUGGGACCCCCAUCGCAGCUGCCUGCAGUUCAACGUGAAAUUGGGCGACGACAGCCGGGACCUGCCGGAGCAGUUCCAGAUAUUCAUGAACGGCGACCCGGCGCAGCAGCUGUACCCAGACCGCGAGAGGGCAAACCCGCACGACGGCGGCAAGGUGCGCGGGCCCGACGAUCGUGGCGCGGGCAGAUUCUGGACCAUCGGCGACCACCCCCUCGACGAGGCGGCCGCCGGCGCCGCGUACGAGGUGCGCCUGUUCAUUGGCAGGCACGGCCGCGGCGUGAAGGUGGACUGGGUCCGAGUGGGCGAGACCCCGUUCGGCGCGGUCGAGGCGAAGAGCAGCGUCAGGUCCAGUGCUCCCAGCGGCGUGGAUCCUUGCUUUGGAUUGCACUGCUACGUCAUGUUGAACUACAGCCUCGGGCGGACGAGCACGCUGCGACAGCAGUGGCAGCCGCCUGCAGGGUUCGACGAGGUGCCUUCGCCUGGCAAGCUGCGCGAACGCUGGGCAUGCACGGGAUGCAAAGCUCAGAACGGGGACGGCUACGAUUUCUGUUGGAAGUGUUGGAAGGGGCACGACUGCGCGAAGUCCACGCACCACGGCACGACCAAUACCCAGGACGACACGGACGCCGACGAUGCCACCAAAGCUAGGCUCAAGAAGCAGCGGGGGCACCUGGCUGACCUUCGCCGACAAGCAGCGGACCCUGACUUGGCGCCCCACGUCCAAGGCAUCAUCUCGAUACUACACAAGGAGGUUGAUGAAUUGCAGGCAGCUGUCGAAACAGGCAGCGAUGUACCAUGUCGUUUCUCAGAGUGCAAGCUUGUACGGGAGAGGAACAAGACUCAAGGGCAGCGCGAUCGCACCAAGGAGCGAGUGGAGAAGCAGGAGCUGGAGAUCAUGCAGGCCCAGGAGAAGUUGGACAAAGACAGUGCUCUCCUGGCCAGACAAGAAGAGAAGCUACAGAAGCAGAGCACCCGCAUCGAGGAGUUCAGCGUGCCAAAGCCAGGGCAAGGCUGGAGCGCAGCGGUCGCCUUCCUGGAGCAGGCCAGCAAGUGCUUGCGCGACAAGGAGGCCGACCCCAAGCUCAGCGAGGGGUUCAUCACCGUCAAUGCGAACUCCACCGGCACGCUGAAGCGCACCAUGCGCUCGAUCAGGUACACCAACAAGUUCCCUACCAUCAUGGCGCAGGAGCUGCAGGCCUACGAGCACAGCAUCUCCUGCUUCAAACAACGCAUGCAGAAAGAAGGGUGGAGGCUGGGCAUUGCGCCUAGCGUCCGCACGGCGAGCGGGGGCUGGAGCGCGGGGGCGCUCCUGGCGACCGUCCGUCCGAACAACAUGAGCUACGCCAGGGGCCUCGACACGUGGGACAUCUCCCCCCGCGAGUCCAAAGAGCGCCUCGCCAUCGGCUGGGUCGACGCACUCGGCAAGCAGGGCAUCACCAUCGGCACCGCCUACCUAAGGGUCAGUGAGGGCAUGACAGACCGCAACAGGGCCAUCCUGCGGAGCUUCAACACGGCCGCUAUGGCGGCGGGGAAGCACUGGAUCCUGGGCGGAGACUUCAACAUGGACCCAGCCGAGCUGCAGCAGACAGGAGUGAUCAACAGGAUGGAAGGGACCACCGUGCUCGACACUUCACGCGGAUCGUGCGUCUCAUCGGGCGAGGCGAGGCACCGCGACUAUUUCAUCAUCUCGAAGACGCUCCUGGACGCCACGCUGCCGGUAGCCGUGCAGGACCAGUUCAACACAGCGCCGCACUCCCCUUUGCUACUACGUUUACCGUGCAUUCGGGAACAACGACGGCGGGUACGGGCAUUGCGGCAUCGACGACGUUGGCCUCUUCAGCUGCCCACGGGCUGUGCAGCAGGGCCGACGGCGUGGCCACGUCUCCUGGGGCGCGAGAGGCACAGCCAGGAGGAGGUGGACAUAUACUGGAGCGACCUGGCCAACACGUACGAGGAGCAUCUCGACAGGUACUUCAACGACGACGGCCUGAAAGCAUGGAGGCGCAACGGCAAGCAGGAGACGCCGAGCUGGGCGCAAUGCAACGCCAAGGGCAUCCUCGAGAGGGACAUCAUCGAGCCGCUUCUCGAGCGGCGCCACCCAGCAUGGAGCGGCGAGGCCGACCAGGAGGGCGCCGGCGAGCACUACAGCGUCGGCACCGAGGACAAUGCCGACGACCUGGGCGAGAUCAACGAAGCAGCGCGCCGAGUCGAGGAGGACUGGCUGAGUCUCCCAGAGCUUACUCCUCGGCACCCCGCUGUCCUCGGCCCUGGGGCCUUGCAGGACUGCCCGUUGGUCGGGGCGGAGCCGGCAGGAGAGCGCCGCCUACCGACGGGGCGGGGGCACUGGACGGAAAUCGAUUGGGGCAAGUUUGCCAACGCCAUCGCCUGGAUCGACGCGACGAACAUCCGAGCGGGGCUUGCUAUACGUGGAGUGCGCGGCCAAGCUCAUGACGGUCGCAAGCCAGCACACGUGGAGGCGAGCGCGACGCAAAGCAGCAAGAGGUUGGAGGCGAUGGGUGGCCAAGCACAGCCAGGCGGGGGCUGGUGCGAUACACGAGUGGACCAUGCCGCCAGUGCCAUGGGAGCCCAUCAAGCCGACCGAGAUCUACAGCCAGCAGGAGCUCGCGCCACGCACCCGCGCGUGGCAGCAGACGCAGCGCUGGAGGGCUGGGAGACGGUAUGGGCGGAUAGCUACGACGACAGCGAACCGUGGCGCCAGCCCCCCAGCGACGACGAAUGGAGAGAGCACGCAGACCCACGAAUCACACCGCGGGACGUCAUCGAGGCGCGCGGGCGCUUCCGCACCAAGACUGGCCUUGGAGAAGCGGACUGGCACCCGCGCCUCUGGCGCCAUGGUGGGUUCCAGGAAGCGGCGCGCGUGGCAGGCGUGCUUAGCGCGGUGGAGCGGGGGGCGCCGUGGCCUACCACACCGGCCACCAUCCUCUUCUACCUGACCCCGAAGGCAGCAGGAGGCUUCCGCAACCUGGGCCUCAUUCCCGAGCUGGCGCGCGAGUGGGAGACCAUCCGCAUGCCGUACGCCAGGCGCUGGGAGGCGGCCAACCAGAGAGCCUACGACUGGGCUCGGGGCGGGAGAUCAUCGGAGCGCGCGGCGUGGCUGCAGGCCCUCUACGGGGAGGCGGCGCGCGCCGAAGGACACGAGUAUGCUGUGACCUACUUCGACCUAGUCAAGUGCUUCGAGUGGGUCACACAUCACAAGGUAUCGGAGGCGUCGCAGCGCUGGGGGUUCAACCCAGUCAUCAUGCGCACUCUACUCAAGAUAUACGGCAUGGUGCGGUGCAUCGUCCUGGACGGGUGCUACACCGAAGACAGGGCGUGGCAGCGCGGCAUCGUCGCGGGCAGCAGGUAUGCGCCCUUUUGCUUCAAGAUGGUGAUCAUCCUGGAGCUUGACGAGCUCGUGUACCAGUUCCCGUAG